AAGACCAACGCCCCGGUCCACAUCGACGUGGGGGGUCACAUGUACACCAGCAGCCUGGCCACGCUCACCAAGUACCCAGAGUCCAGAAUCAGCCGCCUGUUCAACGGCACGGAGCCCAUCGUUCUGGACAGUCUGAAGCAGCACUACUUCAUCGACCGGGACGGGGAGAUCUUCCGCUACAUUCUCAGCUUCCUGCGCACCUGCAGACUGCUCCUCCCUGAGGACUUCAAGGACGGGCGCAGCAUGUCCCGGAUGUCUCUGAGCAGGUCCCCGGUGUCUCCCAUGAGCACCCAGGGCAUCCCCUCCCCGGCCCAGCUCACCAAGACCAACGCCCCGGUCCACAUCGACGUGGGGGGUCACAUGUACACCAGCAGCCUGGCCACGCUCACCAAGUACCCAGAGUCCAGAAUCAGCCGCCUGUUCAACGGCACGGAGCCCAUCGUUCUGGACAGUCUGAAGCAGCACUACUUCAUCGACCGGGACGGGGAGAUCUUCCGCUACAUUCUCAGCUUCCUGCGCACCUGCAGACUGCUCCUCCCUGAGGACUUCAAGGAUUUCCUGCAGCUCUACGAGGAGGCCCGCUACUACCAGCUGACGCCCAUGGUGCGUGAGCUGGAGCGCUGGCAGGUGGAGCGCGAGGCACAGCGGACGGCGCCGGUGGAGUGCCUUGUGGUCCGUGUGUCCCCCGACCUGGGCGAGAGGAUCGCCCUCAGCGGGGAGAAGGUGCUCAUCGAGGAGAUCUUCCCCGAGACGGGCGACGUCAUGUGCAACUCGGUGAACGCCGGCUGGAACCAGGACCCCACGCACGUCAUCCGCUUCCCCCUCAACGGCUACUGCCGGCUCAACUCUGUGCAGGUGCUGGAGAGGUUGUUCCAGAAGGGCUUCACGAUGAAGGGGUCGUGCGGCGGCGGCGUGGACUCCUCCCAGUUCAGCGAGUACGUCAUGUGUCGCGACCUCAUCCGGAGCCAGUCCAUCACCAGCACGCCCAUCCGGAUCAAACAGGAACCACUGGACUAGACCACGCCAACACACGGCGUAGACAGAGCCCAGCCCCGAGACCGUUGGUGGGAUCGAAACAUCCUCAGUCGCGCUGGGAGGGAAGGAACGUUAACGGCAACACAGAGUCUGGGGUCUCAGACCAACAGACUCAAACCAGACGCAGACAAAGGAAGACUGAAACAGGACUUGGGACUUUAGACUUUCUUGAGACUUUGCCAUACUGAAUGAAAUGAGCAAUGUUAAGUUCAGUUUGAACUGAACAGCUUCCACUGUGAUUCUGAUGGCGAAGUUGACGACUUUAUUUUGAAGGUUUGAAAAAUCAGAAGACAAAGGUUGGAUAAAAAAAAAUAAAGAAGCUGGUAGUCUGUAGAUAGAUAGCCGGUCCAUUUUAAAACGUAAAUAAAAAACGUCAACCUCAAUGGAUUAAAUACCAUUUUGUUAUACGUGUCAGACUGCGUUUUGAUACCAACACAAAGAUCAGGGCGCAUGGUGGAAGAAAAUGAUCGAAAACCUAAUUUGUACCUGGUGGCACCAAACCUGUAAUAUAAUUUGUUCUUUUUAUAAACUAUUUUGGAAAAAAAGUGAUGUAUAUUUAAUGUAUUUGUUAUCUUUGUGUCAGGAUCCUUGUUUUGUACAGUUUAAUUGAU